AUGAAUCCAAAGGAUAACAACACGAACGAAGAAGAGACAACAAUGGAGAACGUGUCUCUCGAAGGAACAAACUAUGAUGUCGAGAAAGCUGCAGACGAAUCCGGAAAGGGAGACCCACAAGCUGGAAGCGACAAAAAUGGUGGCACAAAGAAACGCAACAUCCUCUUGGGGGCUGUUAUCGCCUUUCUUUUGAUGGUGACAAUCGUUGUUGCCGUGGCUGUUACCCAGACCCGAAAAGGCAAACAAGUUGAUUGCGACUUGCCGGAUAUCCCUGCAUCGCAAUUGCAGAGUCAGAGUCUUUCUGCAAGCAACGAGACAGCCAAGACCGGCACUACGGGUGCGAAAACGGAUGCCCCGGCACUGGAGAACCCCUUUGGAGAUGCCAAGCUACAGCCCUUCUCUGAAGGCAUUGUUGAUGGAUACGCUUCCAAAGCAGAGUUCGAGGCGGACCUCACCGAUGUCUUGAAGUAUAUUGCAGGCAAUGUCAUCUUGUGGAACGUCCAAAACAGCAACCAAUAUCACUACAACGGAAUCAACCAUGUUGAGGGCUUGAAUGACACCACAACCGCGGCAGCAGUCGCAGCGGGGACUGCUGCAGCUGUUGCCUCGGCUGGCACCGAUAAACAAGUCAGGGCUUCAAACUCACAAAAGGGUGGCACAACAAACAACCAAGAAAAGACUGCUGACGAAGCUGAUAUUGUCAAGAGCGACGGUGAAUUCAUCUACGCGGCCUACGGGAACUACUUGCUGGUGAUGACCCGCGGAGGCGAAUUGAUUCAACAGGUGGCGACGCCAAAGGGAGAACCCGAUGAAUAUGGUUGGACUCAAAAGGAGUUCAUUCGAGCCGUGCUUCUCACUGAGGAACAUGUUGUCAUCGUCACUGAUGUUUCCGUUGACUGGGACAGCCAAAAAGGCCUUCAAAACCAAGGGGCAACUCGAGUGAUUGUGUACACAAAGCCAACGUCAACGAAUGCAGCCAUGCUGAAGGUGGCGUCCAAAAUCGUCAACGGAUUGUAUGAAGACGGACUCUGGAUGCAGGAGAGCAACAGCAUUCAGAUCUUGAGCAGCAGUAGUGUUGCAAUCUACGAUUUCACCGACGCCCUUGAUGUCCGAUACUUCCCCUGGAUGUCACAGGCUGACUACAUCCAAGCGGCUUCUGGGCUGGCUGAAACGCACCUAAUCCCCAGGUUUGUCCAAGCCAUCAGUCAAGGUUUGUCCGUUGAUGAUCAGAUCCCAUCAAUGCUUCGAUUGAACGCAUGGAAACCGGAGGGAUUUGUCGAACCAUGGCACUUUGCUGACUACUUUGGCAGUUUUGACGAGUCGCUGGCCUUCUACAAGCAGAUCACCACCAUCAACGCCAACGACUUUCUAUCGGUCGAAGGGAAUGAGGAUUUGCAGGUUUCCACGGCCGGGGCCUUCGUCCCCUCCUCAUCAGCCAAACUCUACGGUACCGAUAAUGCGCUUGUAUUGUCACUUGAAAACUCCGAAUGGAAUGAAGCCACUCAGCGCAGCCAAGAGUCUUUGUUCCUUUUGAACCUGAACAUCGUCGAAGGAGGAAAUCAGGUAGGAGCCACCUUCCAAUCUAUUGCUCUAUUGGAGGGACGAAUGGCAUCCAAGCACUCGCUUGAUGUUCAGGGCAACGAUCUCCGAGUCGCCACAACUCUUCAAAAGUGGUUCCCCGUGGACACAGUCUGGGAAGCAUGUGGAGAUGAAUACUGGAACGAGGAUCCCUGCAUCACAGAGGAGAACUGGGAUGAAUGCUUUGAUGUCGCGAUUGACUGCCCCGCCGGAAAAGUUGUCAAGACUGGUUGCCCAGCCACGUUCAUUUGCGACAUCAACGCCACCACAACCGACGAGGACAUCUCAUCGACAGACAACUUUGUCGUUGUGCUCGACGUUGCCCAACAGGGGAAGAUGACGGAAAUUGGGCGUGUCCGCAUUGGAGAACCCCACGAAAUCAUCACUGCGGUUCGAUUUGGCGAGACUUUUUCGUACGCAAUGACUUUCGACGAGAGAGAUCCGUUCUAUGUGCUUGAGCUGGCCCCAGGUGAAGCCCCCGCUAUUAAGGGAUCAGUCACAUUGCAAGGAUUCGCUCGGUACUUGCACCCCCUGAACGAGGAUUCCAGUAUGCUGGUCGGCAUUGGGCAAAACACCACUGGUGCAGGUUUGGAUCAGAUCAACACCGGGGUGCUGAUCAGCGUCUUCGAUGUGUCCGACCCAUCGGAGCCCAAGGUUGUGGAUAGCUACAUGCUGGCCGACCCAGAUGAAGCCAACUCAUAUUCCGUCAGCGAAUACGAGUCAAAGGCUGUUCAAUACAAGGAUGGAAAGCUGAUUGUUCCCGCUUCCAUCCACCCAAUCUAUGCCUACCAUGACGACGACUUUUUUGUGGUUGACCACAACUCAACGGUAGUGGAAAGAUCCCCAGAGACGCAAAGCCCCAACCAGGAAGCAUUCGAAGGUUUCGUGGUGCUGGAUGUUGGAAAUGCCGAAAGCCAGGGAAUCCAGGAAUUGUUCCGCGUCAACCACCACCAAGAAUUCCCAGAGAGCUGCUAUUACUGCGAUGGCAGCUUCUUCGAGAAGAGAAGCUUUGUGUAUGAAGACUACACCCUCGUCACAUUGAACGGGAGGGUGGUGAAAGGAACCAACAUCACCGCGGGUGAUGAACUUUGGUCUUUGGAGCCGACCGUGGAAGGGGAGGUGUUGGACUGUUGCUGGUAA